AUGAAGCGGAAAAAGAAAUGGCGAAAAAUACUAUAUGAAGACCAGGGAUACCAGGACAACUAUGUUCACAGCAGUUUUAUGAGCUCCCUCUUGACAAACUUCGGCAUCAAGUACAAGUAUUCCCAGGUCUGUCACAGCAUGCUGUGUGUGAAUCACCAAAUAAUCGUCGUGAUGUUUCUCUUGCUGGCGUAUUACUGCAUCGACAAAAAUAUAGCGUCGAACAGGCUAAUAUACGCAGCCAACAUCACCAUAAUAAUACUCAAGGAGGUACUAAUUUACCAAGUCCAUAAAUCGAUCAACUGCUCCUUUAAGAAUAUUUUAGACACCAUAAUUAUUAUCGGAAUAAUAUGGAUUUUAUCCCCCGUGUUAAUUAGCCUAACCCAAACGCACAGCGACGACACGGUGUAUUUGGUUUCCAUACUGUUGCUGCUCAUUCAUCUUAUGUUUCACAAUUACGGAUUUAUAUACGAGAAAAACGAAAAUAUAGAUAUAUUCGAUUCUACUUCGCUAAGUUGUGCCGUCAUCGCAAGUGUCAUACUGGGUUCCCGCCUCGCAUCCAUCGUGCAGAUAUUUUCCUUCCUCUUUUUUUCCUCCAUACUUUUUUUCUAUGCCCCCUUUAUCGUUCAAACCAUAGCCUUAAAAAACAUCAGUUACUACAACUACGUCUUAUUCCCCCUGAUGUUCUUAAUUCUAUCCCUCUGCAUAAGAAGCAUUUCCGCCAUCCUGUUUUACUUAAACUUCCUCGGGUAA